AUGAUGAGGUCCUCAGCCUGGGCCGCAUUCUCAUGGCGCGCCCUGGUCUUCACACUGCUCUGGACAGCGGUGAUAGCGAAACAGGACAAGCCGACGGUCGACGCCUCUGUUGCCAAACACCCUCCUCUAAACCUGAAUUACUUCGAAGAUAGCGACGUUGUGGUCUUCCAAGAUAUCGAAGAGAGAAAUAUCUGGAGGUCCGAUGAUGCAGGCAAAACAUGGGCGCAAGUUUCCACCAUCCCCGACCGAAGCGCUGUCUUCCUAUACCUCCAUCCGUUCGAAUCCCAAACCGCGUUCGUUCUCACCAAAGAUCGAAAGCACUACAAAACCGAAGACCGUGGUAAAACCUGGAACGAGUUCAACAGUGGUUCCAUGCCCAGUGCAUUCCAGCCAGAUACCCUAGUUUUUCACGCCGGCGACCCGAAGCGAAUUAUCUUCAACGGCAUGAACUGUGAUGGAAUCUUUUGCGACGAAGAAACAACAUACACUACAGAUGGGUUUAAAUCUGUUAAUAAGUUGCGUCCUAGCACCUCAGGCUGCUGGUGGGCCAAAGCGAACCGUGAAUUCACCACCGGUGAUGCCGACUUGGACAAGACCAGGAUCCUGUGCAUUGUUACCGACCCCCUCAGUCUAUUCAAGACAAGCCAGAGACUGCUUGUUUCCGAUAACUUCUUUGCCAAGGGCAGCGGUGGAAAAUACGAUGAGUUUGAGCCCAGCUUGGAUGGCCACCGCGACGUAACCGGCGUCGUUAGUGUUGCAGCAGUCAAGAGCUUUAUUCUCCUUGCCUCGUCAUCUGUUGGAAGCGAUGAGAUGACCCUCUUCGUCACGAGGAAUGCUCAGCAAUGGCACCGGGCCAUUUUCCCAACGGACGACAGCCACGACCAUUCCCAUAAGAUCAAUCAAGAAGCUUACACUGUUCUCGAAAGCACCAACUACAGCAUUCAGGUCGAUGUCAUGACCUCCCACCCGUCUUCUCCUAUGGGUGUUAUUUUCACCAGCAACUCAAACGGCACAUACUUUACAGAGAACGUCCCUUAUACCAAUCGCAAUGUUAAGGGCAAUGUCGAUUUCGAGAAGAUCAGCGGGAUCCAGGGUGUCUUCCUGGUCAACACCGUUGAAAACGGCAAGGACGUCGACGAAAAGGGUGUCAAAAAGCUUGUGGUAACUCAAAUCACAUUUGAUGACGGCAGGACUUUUGCGCCUGUCAAGGCGGGUGACGAUCGCAUCCACUUGCAUUCAAUGACCGAUAUCGACAACAUUGGUCGUAUCUUCUCAAGCCCAGCCCCCGGUCUCGUGAUGGGCAAUGGAAACACUGGCGCAGCUCUUGGCGAAUUUGCCAGUUCCGACCUUUACGUUUCCGACAACGCUGGCGUAUCAUGGAAAAAAGCGCUAGAAGGUCCUCACAAAUACGAAUUCGGUGACACAGGUAGCAUCCUUGUUGCUGUUAGAGAUUCUCUUAAAGAGGAUGUCGACAAAGUCUCCUACUCUUUGGAUUAUGGAGAGAAGUGGGAGUCAGUCCCGCUACCCGAUGGCCUCAAGGUCAGGCCUGUCAUUCUUACAACUACCCAAGACUCGACAAGCCUCAAAUUCCUGCUUGUUGGUGAGAAGGAUAGGACAUUCCACAUGAUUGCCAUCAACUUUGAGGGUAUGGAUAAGCGCCAAUGCGAAAGCAAGGACAUGGAGUCGUGGUAUGCUCGUGUCGAUGACAAGGGAGAGGCUACUUGUAUCAUGGGCCACAAACAGACAUAUAACCGUCGCAAGAAGUCAGCAGACUGCUUCCUGAAAGCAGAUUUCCGCGACCCCGAGCCUGUUAUCGAGAACUGCGAGUGUACCGAUGCCGAUUUUGAAUGUGACUACAACUUCCAGCGAGACCCCGAAGAUAACAAGGUCUGCAAGAAGGUCGGUCCUAUUCCCAUUCCUGAUGGAUCCUGCAAGGGCAAGGAGGAGACGUUCAAAGGAUCAUCUGGAUGGCGACUUAUCCCCGGAAACACUUGUACGCGCAAGAGUGGUGCUCAGAAGGAUGACCCGGUUGAACGCAAAUGCUCUGAUGGUGCCAGCUCGGGUGAUGGACAAACACCCGGUACUCCAGCCAGCGGUGAGAUUUCGCUUAAGGUGAACGAGUUCCCAGGCACCAAGGGACAGGACAUGCAGAAAUUCUACCUCAUGGGUGUCGAUUCUGGCAGCUCAGCAGAUGAGGUUGUCAUUGCUCGACCGAUGGGUGAGAGAUCGCCGGACGGCACUGUGGAGGUCGAGAACAAGCUGUGGAUCACCUCUGAUCAUGGCAAGAACUGGAAGCCCAUCCUCGAAAAGGAGGAUAUCCUCAAUAUCAACCCCCACACUCAUUUCAGGGAGGUUGCUUUCUUCCAUACAAAGACCAAGAAGGUCAUCUAUACGAUUGAUCGUGGCCACAGCUUCCACAGUUUCGAAGCACCAUUCGCCGAUCCCUCUGCUCAUAUGAGUUUCCACCCAGACAAGAAGGAUUGGAUGAUCUGGAUUGGUAAGCGUUGCGACGAUAUUUCGGGAAGCAAGGACUGCUACCCAGAAGCUGCGCUCUCCACUGAUCGUGGUGACAAUUGGAAAACCCUGUUGCGAUAUGCAGUCAAGUGCGAGUUUACAGGAAACUCUGCCUUCAAUUUCCGCCCUCAGAAGCAGAUUGUUUGCCUCGCCCACAAGGACGAGGAUCCCGACAAGGACAAGACUAUCAUCACUAUUGAGGACUUCUCCCCGGAUGACAAGCUCAUCCACAACGGCACCGUGGCAGCUUUUGCUACCAUGAACGAGUUCAUUCUUGCUACAGAUGAGGUCUCUGAAGGUGGCAAAGAAAAGGCUGGACUACAAGCUAUUGCCAGUAUGGACGGACAGAGAUUUGAAUCAGCCCGUUUCCCUGACAACUUCCACGACUCUCACUCAUCGUUGUACACCGUCCUCGACAGCUCUAACCAUGCCGUCAACUUGUUUGUCGCCACCGAUCUUUCCGAAGGCCACCGUCGCGGUUCAAUCAUCAAGAGUAAUUCCAAUGGCACCACAUAUGUCCUCAGUGCUUCCAAUGUCAACGCCGACGAAUUGGGGUAUGUGGAUUUUGAGAAGGUUGCUGGUCUUGAGGGUGUCACUCUAAUCAACACUGUUGCAAACCCUGACGACAAGAAGGCCACGAAGACGAUUCAGACCAAGAUUUCUCACAACGAUGGCGCCGAGUGGACAUUCUUAUCGCCCCCAACAAAGGAUGUCAAUGGAAAGUCGUACUCAUGCAACUCUUUGGGAGACGGUAACUGUGCCCUUCAUCUACACCAUUAUACUGAACGCGAGGAUAAGGGCAGGACCUUUUCUGCAAGUACGGCUGUUGGUCUGAUCUUUGCCUAUGGAAAUAUUGGUUCAAGCCUUGGCAACAUUAAGGAUGCCGAUACUUUCAUGUCAGCAGAUGGCGGUAUCACCUGGAAGAACGUUAAGAAGGGUGUGUGGACAUGGCAGUACGGUGAUCAGGGCUCUAUCAUCGUUCUUGCACAACGCGCUACUCGCGCAAACGCUGUCAAGUCAAAGGCUGUCUCGUACUCAAUCGACGAAGGCAAGACUUGGACUGAUUACGAGUUCAGUAAGAAUGAAGUUACUGUCCAAGAUUUGACAUCCGUUCACAGCGGAGCUUCCCGGAAAUUUUUGGUUUGGUACCGAACGGACGAUAAGAAGAUGUUCGCGGCCAAUCUAGACUUUUCAGGACUGGCGAACCAGCCCUGCAAGUACUCGGAUGGUGAUUCUUCGGACUAUGAUCUCUGGUCCCCCAGACAUCCUCUCCAAAAGGACGACUGUCUUUUCGGACACAAGGCCAAGUACCUGCGAAAGAAACCGGGUCGCAAGUGUUACAAUCAAGCGAGUAUGUCGCGCCUGCGAGAGUAUGAGAAUUGCGAGUGUACUCGAAGAGACUUCGAAUGCGCAUACAAUUUUGAGCCUGACAACCAUGGACAAUGUAAAUUGGUUCCAGGUCAUGAAGCUCUUUCACGUCAGGAAUGGUGUAGCCAACAUCCUAAUGAAACCACUUGGUACGGGUCCUCAGCCUAUCGACGCAUUCCAUUGACGACCUGCGUGGGCGGCCAAGAGUUAGACCAGACAAGCGAGGAAUGGCCUUGCCAGGGACAUGAGGAAGAAUACGAGCGUAAGCAUCGUGCUUCAGGCUGGGGCAUCUUCUUUGCUAUCGUCGUUCCUAUCGGAGUUGCAGGCGCGUUUGGUUGGUAUGCCUAUCGCAACUGGAGUGGAAAGUUUGGCCAGAUUCGUCUGGGUGAUAACAGCGCUACCUUCGACAGUGAGCAGCCUUGGAUUAAGUAUCCUGUUAUUGCUGUCUCAGCAUUGGCGGCCGUUGUUGCUUCUCUACCACUUGUCCUGACUUCCCUGUGGCGUACUACCACUGGAGCUUACGAGCGUAUCUCGAACCGAAGCAGAGGUGGCAACUGGUCGAGACGAUACACUACACGGGAUAGCUUCGCCCGAGGAAGAGGUGACUAUUCCAUGGUUGACGAUGACGAAGGUGAGCUGCUUGGGGAGGAGAGCGAUGAGGAUGUUUAA